AUGAAUAAGUUUUAUAUUCAAAUUGCUUUUUUUCUUUUAAUCAUACCCCUAUAUGUGAAUAAUAAAACCCUUGCAACUGAGCUUGUUCCAAAAAAAGAUGCAAAAUCCGAAUCAAAAAAAUCGUAUCCUGUCAAUGAUAAUACAAAAGAAAUAUAUCAAAAAAACAAGCACCUAUUAUAUACCGAUAUCGAAGAAACUAUAAAUGCGUGCAAAUUUAUGAAUGCCGCUUUAAAACAAUUAGAACAUCAUGCUACAACUGAAUAUAUAAUUUAUGAGCCGAAUAAGUAUAAUGAACUAUUAAACAAGAUAUGGGAUCCCGAUAAUGGCCUGUAUUUAAAUAAAGCCGAUAUUAAAAAAAAAAUUGUCCGUGUGUACACUCCAAAUUUAGUAAUGAUACAACAACGUUCCAGAAGAUGGCCGUGGUCUCGCCGUAAAUAUUUUUAUGCUUUAGCUGCAAAAUUUAAAAAAAAAAAAACUAUAAUUGUCAUGGCUUCAGCAAAUAUAAUUGACCACAACCGUAAAAAUAAAAAAUAUUUUGAAAACAAAAUAAUAGAAAAUGCAAAUUUAUUCGAAGCUGAAAUUGAUUCUGAAGAUGAUAUUAGAAAUGGAAAAAUAAAAAAAACAAUGAUUAACAUGGUUCCACUUAACAAAAAAGUAUUAUUGGAAAAGCUUUAG